AUGGCCUUCCUUCUUAAUAUGAAGCAGAAGGGGGGCGCCAAGGAGCAAUCAAAACUAUAUGGCUGGGAUCUCUCAUACCCCGAGCCUCCAGCAUUCGCAGAGGUCGCAGAAGUGAAAGAGUCAGCUUCGUUCCUGACAACUUCCUUCGUAUUCAAGAUCACCCAAGACUUCCCUAGCACGUCCACUCCCUCAGAACGAUAUCCCAGAUGGGUCGAUCUGAAAUUCUUUGCGUGGCAAUUUUGCACUGCCCUUGCUGAAAACUACGGCGACCGAAAGUGGACAGCCACAUUCGAGAAGUCCAGAGAGCGAAGCCUUCCCUCCCAGCUGUCUGUUGUGGAGGUGCCUCUCCCUAAGGUUGUCAAAUUCGAAGAUGAAGUCAUGGGCGAAGGAUGGGCGGGUGUCGGGCUGGGACCCGCUAACGAGCGGCAGGUUUUCUUUAGCGUUGCUAUUGAUGUCAUUGAUGCUCCGCACCUCAGUUUUUACCGCGAUCUCACUCAUAUCUGGCUCUAG